AAGUUUUAAGUUUUAAGCUGCAGCAGUUGUCAACAUGUCUGAGGGUCUCCUGUUAACAACCUCUUAAUACUCUAAUGACCUACUAGUUGACAGUGAUAGGACUCCAUCAUUAAUAGUGAGGGUUAAUAAUGGAAAGUUUAACGUUUACAGACAAUGAAACGAAAUAUUAUGGCGAUUUAUUUACACAUUUGGAUAGUGAAGGAUCUGGGAUUAUUCCUGUUAAUCAAGUCCAUGAGUUCCUGAGGGCCUCUAAACUAUCUACAGAAGUAUUAACUCAGAUUGGGCAUGUGUGUGGGGGCAUUAGCCAGGGCUGGUACGGUCGAAGGGAGUUGUUCGUGGCUCUGAAGCUGGUCGCUGCUGCACAACGAGGCUUACCGGUCAGGACUGAAUCUCUCUUCCUUGGUGUGGAUUUGCCAUUGCCAAGAUUACACACCAAUAACAACACACAUUAUGAAAACAAUGUGGCUUACAACACAAAAGAGAACUGUACUUCAAGUCCAGACCUGAUCCAGCUGAGUGACUCUGAUUGCAACACUUCGCAGAUGGUUGAUGGUGGAUACCGCAUGAUGGAGAGCGAAGAUGGUGAAGGAGCGGACGAGAGAAUGAGCGAUCCUUCGGGACGGAUGGUAUCGCACUCUACGUCCGUGUCGUCGCCCGCGUCAGAUUCCCCUACUCCCACCAACAGUGUUCACGAGAAAACCUGGGGGCAAGCUCACACACACUGGCAUGGCCUAAUCAAUGACGAGCACCGACAGUUACUGGGCACAGAAGAGGAUUCCUCCGAGUGUCAUUCGUCAGGGGAGGAAGAUUACGACGUGUGGACGAUUAACGACGAACAGCGUCAGUAUUACACCGAACAGUUCCGCUCCAUGCAGAGUGAUCUCACCGCGCUACUCUCUGGAACGGCUGCCAAAGAAUUUUUUGAAAAGUCAAAACUACCAGUAAAUGAGUUAAGUAAAAUAUGGCAGCUGGCAGAUGUAACAAGAGAUGGGGCACUGUCAUUAGAGGAAUUCUUCACAGCUAUGCAUCUUGUUGUUUUACGGAGAAACAACAUAGAACUUCCUGAAACUCUACCACCAUCGCUCUUUCCAGUGUUACAGCGCAAGAGUAGCAGCAGCGGGGUAGAGGGUGGAAACUCUGGGGCAUCCGGCAACUCUUCAGUGGUGGCUGGUGCUGCGGUCGUUCCUGACACAGAAGUCAGUUCCAAGGCAACGCCCGAUCCUCUCUCGCCAUCUAGAAAUAAGGAGUGGACAAAGUUCGUAGAUUCUCCCACCAGUACAUUAUCUUCUCCUGGUUUAAAACCCGUAAAUUUCGACUUUCAAAAAUCAGCCCUUGAGCAGGACCCAAAGAUCUUUCACCCAAAAGCAGUGAGAUUAACACCAGAAUCAAAAAGACUAGAAGUUACGGAAGUAGAUGGUCCAGCGUCCUUUAGCCCCGACCCAGCGUUAACCUCGAACGAAUUAAACUCCUCGACGACGUCCUCAGACCUCCAGCCCGGACAAUCCACAACUUCCUCUGGGUCAGGAACUACACAAGGCAGUCCCAAGAAAUCUCAGGAAGGACAAGAUAUAAAACCAAUUCAACGACCUCUUCCAAGAAAACCUGCAGGUUCGUCGUCUGGAGUUCUCCCGCCCCCACCCCAGUCAUCCGUAGGCACUCCACCUGAAGACAAUGGGAUGUACGGUCCUACAAGUUUGCCUAUGAUACCAAGUGCUCCUUUACCUGGUGGGAAGAAGGAGCCACCGCCGCCACCACCCCCGCGACCCGCCAGAACUCACACACGCUCAUCUUCCCUUGACCUCAAUAAAUUUAAUCGGAGCAGCUUCCUAGGAGCUCCCCCAGCAGUCCCGCCUCGAGCCUCCCCUGGAGCUAGAGAGCUCCCCCCCAUCAGGAGUUCACCAAAGAAACUAAUAUACCAGAAGAGUGAUGGGGACAUGGCUGGAAUAGAGGCCAGCCAGGGUGAGGAUGGAAUUUACCCCCUGGAGGCUCGGCCAGUUGUGGAACACGCUCGCAACUCGGCUUUCGAGGUCUAUCGCAAGCCACACCAAGAACUUGGGUCUGCGUUUGAGAGAGUCUCAGGUCAGCGGGGAGAGGAGGAAGAAAGAGUACGACAUUUGUCGACAGGAGCCAGACCAAAGGACAAAAGAGAGAUUCAGGCAUCUAUUAGGACAACAACAGAGAAGAACACAAUAUUAACAAGAUUAAAUUCUGAACUCAAUCAAGAAUUAGCAGAGCCUUUGUAUUUUUCAGGUGAUGGAAGAGAGAAUUGCCCUUGAAAUGCAACUGGAACAGAUGAAACCAUUUUCAAGUUAGUCAGUCCAUCAACCUGGCGUACUGAUGUGAUGUGUGUUGGUAGAGGUCGUCCAUUUUCUCUCAAUCUCUUUGUCAGCAGUUAAAAUUUUUAUUUUCCUUAUUUUACAUUCUCUUGUAAAAAUGUUCGUUCUUGUAGGUCUCCAAGUAUAGUUUCAUAUUUGAAUAUUUACAUUUUUAAUGAAUUAA